AUGACAGAGACCAGUGUGACAGAGACCAGUGUGACAGAGACCAGUGUGACAGACCCUAGUAUGACAGAGACCAGUGUGACAGGCCAGUGUGACAGAGACCAGUGUGACAGAGACCAGUGUGACAGAUCCCAUGUGACAGAUCCCAGUGUGACAGACCCUAGUGUGACAGAGACCAGUGUGACAGACCCCAGUGUGACAGAGACCAGUGUGACAGAGACCAGUGUGACAGAGACCAGUGUGACAGAGACCAGUGUGACAGAGACCAGUGUGACAGACCCCAGUGUGACAGAGACCAGUGUGACAGACCCUAGUGUGACAGAGACCAGUGUGACAGAGACCAGUGUGACAGAGACCAGUGUGACCGACCCCAGUGUGACAGACCCCAGUGUGACCGACCCCAGUGUGACAGACCCCAGUGUGACAGACCCCAGUGUGACAGACCAGUGUGACAGACCCCAGUGUGACAGAGGCCAGUGUCACAGAGGCCAGUGUCACAGAGGCCAGUGUCACAGACCCCAGUGUGAUGGAGACCCGGCAGCCCCCACAUUCAUAGACACACUAGAUUGUGCCCUGGCAUGA